AUGGUGCCGCAACAGCAGGAUGGUCCCUCCAGUUCGGGGAUACUUAUGUUUGGAUCAUUACUUGUGGAUAAAAAUUCCGCGACACCGUAUUCGGAUGCUACGCAGACCAAGAAGAACAAUCCGAAUCACAUCAAGAGGCCAAUGAACGCGUUUAUGGUUUGGUCACAGAUCGAACGAAGGAAAAUAUGUGAGAUUCAACCGGACAUGCACAACGCGGAGAUCAGCAAACGGCUUGGAAGACGUUGGAAGACGUUGGACGAAGCGGAGAGAAGGCCGUUUAUCGAGGAGGCCGAGAGACUGCGACAGUUGCACAUGAUGGAAUACCCGGACUAUAAGUACAGGCCGAGGAAAAAAACGUCGAAGCCGACGGGAGGUGGUGGUAACACCGUAAGCGCGAAAGCAAAGGAAGGCGCUAAGAAACCACGGAAAUCGGCAAUGGGGUUGAUACACGGUAAAAAUCAUCACACGCGAAACGACAGCAGCAGCAGCAGCAGCAGCAGCAACAACAACAACAACAAUACGCAAACCGGUAACGCAAGUACAGGAGUGACUGGCGCAACGAUGAAGAGGUUACAAGGUCACUCCAGCGGUAGCAAGCCUGUAUCGCGUUUGAAAGUCAGACUAGCUCUGGACAAGAGACCAGCCUUAGAUUAUGUUCCUAGUCCUCCGAUAGUUACCGCCAAAAUACCGAGCAGCCCGUCGUGCGUCACGCCAGAUUCCCCGGAAUCGGCGAGCUUCUACGAAGACAAUUUCCUCGAAUGUGGUUCGGUUGCCGGCCAACUCACGGUCAUGUCCUCCGUCUCGGUGGAAAACACCGAUCGCUGCGCCACCAUCAGACCGGCUACCACGACGGCUGCUGCCGUUGGCAAGAUCAAGCGAGAACCAAGCUUCGAGAUGGAUUACGAAACUACGUUCGAGCCAAAGGACCGAUUGCUAUCCUCGGUCGGUCCUGUCGUCUCGAAUCCAACCACCUCCGCCACUGUUACCUUCUCCACUUCUGAGAUAAACGAUAUGAAUCUGCUCUCGGAAAAGAAGGAUCCGGCCACGACGACGGCGGCACCGACCACCGCCAUUCUCGCCGCCAAGUCGAUCGACUCGGACAUGGAAAUAAAAAUGGAACUAGGCAUGGACAUGGAGAUGGAUACCGAUCCGUCGACGCCUGUUGCCAUCGGCAGCAUCGGCAGGAGCGAGCUGAACGAACGCGUGCAACGUACGUCGUUGAAAGAUUCGUCAACCAUGGUUACCACGAUCCCUUCUACCAUCGCUGCUGCUUCUUCCGCGAUCGACGCCUCGGACCUGGUAUCGACGAAUCCAUUGGCCAGCGAUGCGAUAUCGAACGAUGAUUCAAUGGACGACGGUAGCAACGCUGUCGCCAUCGUCGGCGACGUGAACAUCGCCACGACGGCCGUGAGGCUGGAAGAGCCCGGUAACAACCCGAGCUUGGCCGAUCUUUACUCGUUGACGGACCUGUUGCAAAUACAGCCGUCCGAUUUCAAGAUCGACCUCGACAUGGAGACAAUAACCACCGACUUGGACACCUUCGAAACCGCCAGUUCCAGCAGCGGAUUGCAUUUCGAGUUCUCUUGCACGCCGGAUGUUACGGAUAUGUUAUCAACUAUCGGCAACGACUGGGUUACGUUUUGAUAAAACCGGGAAUCUAUCGUACGGUGGCUGUGUUUUCUCAUUCGACGCGUUUUGCAGAUAGUCUACGUAUUUCAUAUAGUCUACUUUCUUUCCUUUUUUUUUUUUUCCUUUUUUUAAUAUGUCGUUUUUACUCUGUCAUCUAUGUUACGAAGCAUGUUCGAACAACGUGAUCGAAAUGCAGCUACGAUCGAUUCUCUACCCAGCGUUCUGCACUGAACUGUGAAAAUUGCGACGAGCACAAACGUCGUUAAACACGACACAGUUGCUCGUCUUUUCUUUUUUUUUUUUCUUUUUUUUUUUUGUAUAUCUCUUGUGUAGUAUAUUAGUUCUAAGAAUUAUCUUUUAAUCUCAACGGCAUUAUUGUAAAACGAUCGAUAGAACAGAAGUAUCGAAAUCCUCUUUUUUUUGUACAGAGAAACAGCGCGUAGGGGGGGAGCACGUCUACAUUUUGCGCGAGUGUACAGGUAACAGAACACAGAAUCGAAGCGAGAGACGCGCGUGCAAACUUUUUUCCCGAUUUAUAAAUAUGUAUUCGUCGUCACCUCGUUUUGUUUUCUGUUUCUCUUCGCUUUAUUUUCUCAUAUUAUUCGCAUUUAUUACCUGUACUGUGCGUGCUCCUUUGUGCAUCUACGAAAUCCUGUUCUAUCGAUGUUACAACACACGAGAUAUAUAUAUAUAUAUUAUAUAUAUAUAUAUAUAUAUAGGUACCUGCACGUUAGAUAUAUAUAUAUUAUAUAUAUAUGUAGGUACCUACACGUUAG